UGUGUCUGUGGAGCUCCCUGGGAGAGUCACCAGGGGCCAAACUGUACCAUUACCAUUCAGCACCUGCUGAUACAUUGUAACAAUAGGCUCAUCAUUCUCUGCUGCGCUGCGGAUGGUGGCUGCCGGGUGGAUCGCUGCUGCGUGCGUUAAAGGCACAGGCACACAUUUCCCGAAUGGUUGGAAUACUCUGUGCAGGUUCCUCCGAUACACCGAUCUCUCCUAUUCCGCGGUGACUACGCCUUUAUGAUCGCCCCUUCAUCAUCAUCAUCAUCAUCAUGAUCACGCCUUGUGUGCUGCUGGCUGUCUUUUGACUUGUGAGAGAUCAGCCUAGGCAGAGACUGCCAAGCGAGACUGUGGAAGACAAGAGGAGGAGGGGCAGAGUCUACAUUAUCACUUCAUUCCUGGGCUCCUAGAUGGAGGGGAGACUUCAUUAGUUGCCAUCAGACAAAAGGCUAGGAGUCCAGCCUUGGAGAUGGCUUCCUUAAGCCUUGGGUUAAACCUGUCCAGGAAGAAGAAUAUAUCCAGGAAUGCAGCAGUGGAGAGGAAGAAUCUGAUCACAGUGUGCAGGUUUUCCGUGAAGACGCUGAUCGACCGUUCAUGCUUCGAGACCAUCGAUGACUCUGCACCGGAAUUUGUCAAUUUUGCUUCCAUUUUAGAACACAUCCUGAGCCAUCGCCUCAAAGGACAGAUCACUUGGUUUGGUUAUGAAAGCCCUCGUAGCUUUUGGGAUUACAUACGGGUUGCCUGCUCCAAGAUGCCUCAUAGUUGUAUCUGCAGUAUUGAAAACAUGGAGAAUGUCAGCUCUUCGAGAGCCAAGGGCAGAGCAUGGAUCAGAGUUGCACUGAUGGAAAAACGUCUGUCUGAAUAUAUAACCGCUGCACUGAGAGACUUUAAAACGACAAGGAGGUUUUACGAUGAUGGGGCUAUUGUCUUGGGUGAAGAAGCCAACAUGCUGGCUGGUAUGCUUCUGGGACUCAAUGCGAUUGACUUCAGCUUCUGCCUUAAGGGAGAAGGUCUGGAUGGCACCUUCCCAGCUGUCAUAGACUACACGCCUUAUCUGAAAUUCACACAAAGCUCUGACAGCAUCAGUAGUGAUGAGGAGGAACUCCGGACCUUGGGGAGCAGUGGCAGCGAGAGUAGCAGCCCAGAAAAUAUUGGCCCACCUUUCAUCAUGGACGAGAACAGCUGGUAUAACAAAUGCAAGAGAGUGGAGCAGAAAUACCGCUUGGCACUGGAGCAAAAGGGAUAUCUUGAGGAGCUGGUCCGUUUGCGGGAAGCUCAGCUUUUGGAUUCAGUGUCACAAAAUAAGCUGGUUCUUAAACGGAUUGAAGAUACUGAGCUUAAUCACAAGCUGGAGAAAGAACAACUGGAAUACAUCAUUGUUGAACUUCAGGAUCAGCUGACUGUUCUAAAGAAUAAUGACUUAAGAUCAAGACAGGAGUUAACCACUCACCUCACCCAUCAGUGGCCUUCCCCAGGAGCUCUGGAUGUUAAAGCUGUUGCCCUGGAAACAUUACUCUACCAAACGCACAAUGAACGGUGGGAUGAAAAAAGUUUCCAAAGCUUGGGUCCGCUGUCUGCAGAUGCCAGCUUUUCUCAGAUUUCAUUUGACCCAGGACAGUCCCAAGAUGGAAAUGGAAAGCACGACGAUUCGCACUUAAGUCUUGGAAAGGAAGACACCCCAUCUUUACUUGGCCUUUGCGGUUCCCUUACAUCGGUUGCCAGUUACAAGUCCCUCACAAGUCUCAAGUCCAGUGAAUAUCUUGCAAGUCCCACGACAGAGAUGACAAGCCCUGGGUUAACUCCCUCCUGAACCACGAUGCCUACCAAAAAAAACAAAAGACAGGCUUUUCUGUUGUAUGAAAAGUACAUUCCAUGUGUGAGCGGCUUUGAAGGAGAAGACACUCCAACAUGUUAAGUGGCUGCUUUGUUUCACAACACUUCCCUCGCAACCUCAUGUUCAUACAGACUGGAACGCUCCGGUUUACAAUGUACAAAGAUCAACAUAGUUUUUUAUUUGGAACAUCUUCACUUUAUCUUCCUUGGCACUAAACAUGGCUGAACUUUGGAACCUUUCUUUGCUUCAGAUUUCCAUCAACUGAAAAAAUCAAUAUCGUGUUAAUUGCAGAACAGGGCACAGGACCUAAGGAUUGAAUCAUUUGUUUUAAAGACUUGUAUUGUUUUAAACAUAUUCCUGAGUGCCGCCGGACAGUUGCACUUAGUAUGUUGUGUUUCUGCCUUGACACAAGCCUUGUUAAUAAUAUGUGCCAUCUGCCUUUUUACACAGCAGCAUGUCUUUUAUAUAGAUACAUAUAUUUUUUUUUUCGUCUCACUUUAAGAAAAUUCUGUAAAAUACUUAAUAUAAAACAUGAUUAAUAAAACCCAAGCAUUCAACAAAAAAAAGAUUUAAACUUUGUUUGCCAAAGUAAUUGAAAAUAAAAUGUAUUUACGGUGU